AUGCUCCAUAGCCGUUGCCCGGAAGUAGUCGUCGGCAGCAGUGGUGUGUCUUCAGAGACGCCGGGCAGCCUUGACUCGAUAGCCAGCAGUCUCAAUGGAGGUAGAGUGCCGUCGCGGUCUUCGUCUUCAGCUCUCAACUCAAAAUUCUCCAUCGAGUCUUUGGUUGGAGCCUCUGGAGAACUGCUCAGCAAGUGCCACAGCGAGUCACAGCAUCAACGAGGCAGAUUUCUGCCAGAUGGUGCUGGUGGAAACAAAACGGUCGCCGUCGACCGUGCAACUUCCGGUUUCUCGACGCCAACGGCCAAGUCGUCUUCCGGUCUGAACUCGGCUACGGCUUUCGUCAGGGUACCGUUUGGCAAUGAUGCCCUCCCAACGCCACCAACAGGCUAUUUCCCGACCAGUCUAUGGCAUUUAACCUCGGCUGCGGCUGCAGCGGCAUCGAUAACUGCGGCGGCAGCGGCGGCGGCGGAUUGCUCAUAUGUACCCUUGCAAAAGGGGUUUGCGCCAUUGCAGCUCCCUACACACCUGCAUCGGGGUCUGAACAAGCAUCAUCCGUACCUACCUGACAGCAAUCGUCUGUGUUUCUGGCCUCCGAACUGGCUGGACAUCUUCAAGGACGUCUAUUCCUUGCCGCAGCAGUACGUGGUCAUUUAUGGUCUGGUCCUUCCGCUACCCGACGGACAGAUUAGGAAUUUCUCAUCAUCAUCGUCCGCAUUCGAGGCGCUGUUCCGGUUUCGCACAUUCAGUCUCGCUUUUUGUGCCUUUUCUUAUUCACGCGCAAUGACUACCUGGCCAGUGUGCGAAGAAAUGAUCGAGACACAAAACAUGGUGAAAAAGCAAAAACCGUUUCGCGUUUUUCGACCUGUGCUACGCCAGGCCGGUGACAACAUGGUCUUCGAUCACCUGUGCCGCGUGCCUCCGUCACUGGCCGUGACCGUGCGGCGCUGUUUCAAUUCAGUCGAUACUGUGACGUUCGUCGCAUUCGCCUUUCGCGACACCGACCAUGGCGACUGCCGCUUCUUGACUCUGUCCUCAUGA